UUUUUCCCAGCAUCACUUCGUGUUAUCUCUUAUCAGAGACUAAAAAAGUCUUAUCGUGUUCGCACAAUACGGCCGUGUCAGUCGAGAUAACGCAUCGGCGCUGAUAACUCGAUAACAGUCAGUGUACUACCACUAUGACCACCGUAGCUGUCGUGGUCGCCGCUGAUAGUAACCUCGGUUACCAAGUUCUCAAAAAACUAACAAGAACAUACAAAGGAAAAAUAUACUUCACUACAGAAGACGAAUCUAUCGGCUACAAUAUACUUCGCACUUUAGAGAAAAAUGCGACGAAUCUACACUACUAUCGCAUGGACAUAACUUAUACGAAAAGUAUUAUCAACUUCAGACACCACAUACAAGAUCAAGACGAAAGGAUAGAUCUGGUGAUCAACAACACGGAUUAUGUACAAACUGAGAAGAAAUUGUCCCAUGCUGAGAAAGUGAGAAGAACGCUAAGUGUGAAUUUUUAUGGAUACAUCAAUUUCGGAAAGCUGAUAUAUCCUUUGCUAGUUGAAAAUGCUAAAGUAGUGAAUGUGUCUGGACCAGCUGGUCUGUUAGCGACGAUCGAGAAUGAAGCGAUUAGAAGAAGGAUUAGUGAUCCAAAUCUGACGGAAGAUGAGUUAGUAGCUGUUAUUCAAGAUUAUGCAGAGGCGUGUAGAAGAGGCAUUGAGAAAACUGAAGGGUGGGGAUUAAGCGUGCAAGCUGUAAGUAAGGUAGCUCUAAAUGCCGUCACCUUUUUGCAGCAUAGAGAAUGGAGCUGCAAAGGAAUCGUAAUCAACUGUGUCAAUCCUGGCAGUCUCAACAGUAAAGACGAACGAAAAUCAACCAAAGUUUUCCAAGACGGCGCCAAGGCAAUUUUAUAUCUAGCACUAGAAGCACCUCUAUCAAUAAAAGGCAAUUUUGUGUGGAGCAAUUACUCAGUUAUAGAGUGGAAUUGCGACCCUUACGUUGAAGUGACAACAGUUUGAACAGAGAACGGUUAAACCAGUGUUAUAACAAUAUUCCCAGUUAUCGGAUUUAACCGCAGAAAUUUUGCAGUUUGCGGCGAAAUAGCUUCGCGCGUGAUAUUCCGAGAUGAUCCCAAUUUAUACAUUUCAGUGUUGCAAUGGUACUAAAGUAUGCGAGCCACGUUUCCUCGUCUAUGAUAAGAUGUGAAUAAACCUGAAACAAUAAACCGAA